UUAUUUUAGGUUAUGUUGAGUUAGAAGGCAAGAGAAAAGGUUAAAGGAGAGUGGCAAAUAAAAGUCAGCAGAGAGAGAUAAAACGAAGAUAGUGAGAUUGGAAUAAAAAUUGAGGUUAUGUAACUGUAGUGAAACGAAAGGACAAAGCAUUACUUGUCACUUGAAAAAUAAUUUGAUUGACUUAAGAAAUGGAUGCUGAUUUUGAAGAACUUUCGCACGACGCGAACAUAAUUACUAGACUGAAGCAGUUCAGUGAAGCAGCCUUCAAAAUCCAGGAUAUGGCAGAAUUGAUUAGCGAUCCUUCGCUACUCGAUAAACUUUCCAAUACAGAUAAAAUUAAAUAUAACUUGUUGUUAUCUUAUAGUCUUAAUAGUCUAUUUUGGAUGUACUUGAAAGCCGAAGGAAUCGAUCCGUCGAAGCAUCGAAUUAGAUCAGAAAAUGAGAGAUUGAAAAAAGCGAUGAUACGAGCGAAACAAAUCAAUGAUAAAAAUACACUUAUGCCACGUGUCGACACAAAUGCUGCUAAGAGAUUUGUGAGGAACAGUUUAUGGGAACCGAAACAAAAAAAGCACAAGAGCAUGGAAAAGAAAAUUGACAAGUCUGAGGAAUCACCACCUACAUAAAUAUCACAAGUUCUCUAUUAUUUAUAC